AUGACAACACUGACGAAAGACGACACACGGUGCCUGAUCGCGCUUUGGAAUACAUCGAUCCUCUCCGACGUACUGAGAAUCGCUCCUACAUCAGCUCUUCCGACCUCAGCGGUAGGAUCCUUGCAGGAUCUCACCCUUGCUUUGGGUCGAUUCGGCUUGAACGAACUCGACGAUGUCUCGCUCGUCUUCCAACGAGCAUCCGAAGAUGGCGCUGGUCGAGACACUCUUCUCCGGCUGAUGCGUGAUUCAAAACAGCCUGCUUUCAUACAGUUUGAUCUGCAACCUCGUGGUUUCUCAUCAAUUGAGGUACCGAGCAUUCGUAACUUCCCUCCACAGACUGGGUACAGUAUAUCGGCAUGGAUCAGGAUCGACAAGUAUGACUCGAAGUCACAUACGACGCUUUUCGGGGCUUACGAUGUGCCAAAGACAUGCUUCAUCCUGAUGUACCUGGAGAAGGACAGCCACCAAUUGAUUCUGCAGACCUCCGUGAACGCCCCAAACCCCAGCGUCCGCUUCAAGUCGACUCAGUUCAAAAGCUCGCAGUGGUACCACAUGACCUUGGUACAACGAAGAAACCCGUCAAAUCCAAGCCAGAGUGUCGCUUCGCUGUUCGUGGAUGGCGUCUUCGCGGAGCAGCGAAAGUGCAAUUAUCCGGAUGUGGCCGGUGUGGUCCAUGAAAAGCAGAGAUCCCAAUCUGCGCCACCGCGUCCAACACCCAUUCAAGGCUUCUUUGGCACGCCGCGAAGCGUUGCAAUGGAUCCUGUUCCGAACGCAGUGCACACGAGAUGGUCUCUGGCGAAUGCACACGUCUACCACGUGCCUCUGACGGAUGAGUUCGUUGCAGUCUCAUUUAGACUGGGCCCGCGAUAUCGUGGCAAUCUUCAAGACUGUCUUGGCUCACUGCUUACUUACCGCGCCUCCGCUGAACUCAACAAGUACAACGAAACUCUGCACCCAGAGAAGAAUGACAAGUCCGAUAUCAUUGCAGCUACCGAAGGUAGAGGCAGCGAAGUCGUGUCAGAAUCUCGCCUGAUUCUAGCCAUCGAUCCGUCCGCCGUGAUCGAAUUUGCUGCAGCAGAGGAUCGGAAUCGUGCGAAUGGCGCCAAGCACGAACUCGACAGGAACGCAAUGUCCAAGUAUCAGCAGCUAACACAACACGCUCGCGUAAUUGCCAUCAACACAGCAGUUCCUGGACUGAACGAGGCGAUUGGUCGAUCCUUCGGCACUGGAUUGAUGUUCGGUGAUCCGGCAGUCAUCGUUCCUCAGCCUCUCGACGAUGCGACUUGGCGAUUUUACGGCGCCGUUCCAGUGCUCCUCCAGCAGCUAGAGACUGCCAAUUCGAAGAAGACCUUUCUGCAAUCUGUUGAGAUUUUCUUUGAAAGCGUGCAAGACAGCUGGCGCGUGAGUGAAGCCAUGGAGAAGGGACACGGGUUCAGCUUACUAGCGGUUUUGAUUCGCGAAAAGCUUGGACUUGAGGUCGGGUCGGGUCCUCAACUGUCGACACGCCGCCCAGCUACUAUGUUGAGCCUCGAGGACCGACAAUCGCUUCCACUGGAGCUACUUGAACUUGUCCUACGCUUCGUAGGAUACGACAAAUCCAGGCCAGAUGAGUCCCUAUUGAUCAACCCGAUCGCAUACCGCAUCCUUGUGGUGGACUUUGACACCUGGCGGAGGAGCGACAUGGAGACACAGACACUCUACUGGACGCAGUUUACUGCCUUCAUCACGGGGAACAGGAAUUUUGCCUUCAACCAGAAGCGUUUCAUCAGAAUGCGGAUCAUCAAGAGGCUAGUGGAGGCACUAAAAGCUGAAGAUAUCAGCGAACAAUCUGCAAAGCUGAUGAUGGUGGCUCUGAAGACACUCCUCGGACCCGGUUCGUCCCACGGCUUCUACCGUGACUUGGCCAUGUUCGUUGCAUACGCCCUUCAUGACGAUCGAGCCAUGCCGAUUGCCCCUACGCGGACAUUGAGUCGUGCGGUCAGUGGCGGCCCGCAACAAGUCAAGGCAGUGUUGCCAAAGUACGAACUUGGCGUACUUGUUCUGAGACUGCUCGCAGACGUGCUGAACGAGGAUCGCACAGUCAUCACUGUUCGACGUUUCAGCCGCGCGCUGCCAAGUCGAUGGCUUCUUCACCUGCUGGCAGAAAACGAUGUCCGCAUUAUCGAGAUCACCUUGAGUAUCAUAUGCAAAUCUAUGUCAGUUCUUGGAUCGGAGUUCAAGUCAUCGUUCAUCGACAGGACUGGUGGCUUCGUCACUCUCAAGUCUCGAUUGAAGCCGUUCUGGAGGUCGAAGGUUGUCUGGAGUCUGGCAUUUGCAACUCUCUUCGGUCGCAGCAUUCCUCUCGAAUGGCUUGAGGAAGAGUUCUCCGCCUUUCACUUGGUCGAGAUGCUCAGCGUGGACAAGGACUUGGCCAUUGCAAAUCCAGAGAUGCUGCCCGCUAUUUUCGCUAUGCUCGAAGCCGGCUUGAGGAAAGUCGCCCAAGAAGAUGAGCCAAUCGAAUCGGAAACCAAAAUCAUCAAGAAUGCCAUACAAUUCCUGAACGAGCUGUACGACAGGAGUCCGGCAUUUGCUGACUUUGCAGUCAACUCGAGAUAUCUCCAGGAAGUCUUGUUCAUCCUUUAUCCGCUCCUUGCUGGAACCGACCGACUUUCCGCCGAAACUGAGCUGCAAUCCGAGGCUUUGUCUUUCAAAGGCGAAGAGGUCAAAAUGCGACCUCACUCCAAUUCUCUGGGCGAACGCCCUCCUUCUGUGCGCAGUUUGAAGAUGAACGAAGGUCGGCGAACGCCUUCUCCAAUGGCGCCGAAUCGCGUUGAGAUGCCGAGACGCAUGUCAUCGUUUGUCAUGGUCAAUGACACGGGCGAACGGUUGACCGUACCCAGGCAAUUCAGUGCGCCUAUGGCGCCGAAGGCCACACAGCCGCCUGUCAAGAUCAACGUGGCCAACUCGUUGGUGGAGAGUCUUCUGGAGCUCGUGAUCACACUCUUUAUUGAUCAAGUCUGCGAGAAGGACAAGUUCAACGGCAUUGGACUAUUUUUGAGAGUGCCGCCCGGAUUCAGGGAGCAUCAAGCCUAUUUUGAGUCUUAUAUUCUUGUCAACGCAUUGUCGCAAUUGGGCAGCCACUUUCGCCUUCAUCAGCGACUGCUCACUGAGACCAAAGUCUUGACAAACCUCGCGCGCUACACGCAGCACAUGGCGGAAGCUGUCUCGGAAGGAUGGUUCAUCGAUGGAGCUCAGCCGCUGCUCGAGUUUACUGGCGAAACUCUGGAUCACCUUCAGCGACCUGAAAUCGCGACUCUCAAAUCAGUCCGACUCUGCAGCCAGUCGACCAAUGCAAUUCGUGUUGUGUUUCUCAAGGCGACGUUAUGGAGACUGGCUGAGCUCAACGAAGACGCCGAUGAGAAGGAGGUCGGCGACUUCCUUGCUAAGAUGACCUAUUGGCAGACCAUCUUGUUCUCGCCGGAGAACCAGGAGACUCUCUUCACAAAGCUGAUCUGUUUCUUGUUGUACCACAAGCUGGUCUCCGAGGUCAAGACAGUCAGGCUGGCCGCGGCCCAGCUAUGGCGUAUUGUGCUUGUACAGAAGCCGACCGAGACUGCGACAAUGUUGACCAACACCAUGGGUCCCGAGCAACGCCACCUCUCGACUGGAUUCAUGAAAUUGAUCUCGAUGGACGAUGACGACUUUUUGGGCUGGAUUGAUGAGAAUAGGCCUAUCCUCGAUUCCGUCUUUCACCACUCUCUGAGCAAGCCUUGGGAGGACUUCGUCAACAGCGAAAAUCGCAACUCAGAAGAAACCACCAAGAGUCGCAUCAGCAAACGCAGGGAGAAACUCCGACAAUGGCACGCUGAAGAAACCGCUGCGGAUGAUAUGAUCAAUCGUUAUGAGGUGACGACCAAUCAUUGGCGGUCCAACGUGCAUGCUCAAGAACGACUGAAGCUGCAAAGAGCAAUUCAGGACCAUCAGGAAAACGUGAGCCUGUUGUACCGAGAGUUCGAUAAGCUGGAAAGACUUGCUCGGCAGCCGUGCGGUCUCAAGCCAAGCACAGAGCCUGCUCGAUGGCAGUUGGACGAGACCGAGGCUGCCAAUCGGAUGCGAAUGCGGGUUGUGGCCGAUACUUCAGAGCUGAAGGAAGCCUUUCUGCCGAAGCGGAAAAGCUCAAGGCGGCUCACAAAUGGACGCUUGGCAAUCAACACACAAAUCGCUCGACUUGCUGCUGAAGAGAGCGGUAACACACCAGUGUCAGCCGAUCCGACUCCUGACACUCCGCCAGGCACGACCGAUGGCUCUACUGAGUUUCCCAGCCGCGAGCGAGCAGGAAGCGAUGCCGUUUCCAACUCCCAGUUGCUCGAAGGCGGAUUCGAGAUGGUUGACGAUCCUCGAGAAGACGAAGACGGCCUGAUCGAGGACAAGAAUCGAAAAGUGAUGACGAACCUACAGCGGGGCGACAUGGUACAGCAAUUGCACAACAUCUCUCGAAUCGUCGGUCUUGAGGCUUGUGAAGGCCUUCUCGUCGUUGGACAGAAGUGCCUGUACAUGCAAGACAACUUCUUUCAGAGAUCUGAUGGCGAGAUUGUCAGCGUCUCGCAAGCACCGGAAGAUGAGAGAGAUCCAUACGUGCAGCUCAUCUCUGGCAAAGAUGUCGGUGCCGCGAGGUCGAGACAUAGCGUUGGCGACCAAGAGACUCGCAACUGGACCUGGUCCGAAGUGCUCAGUAUCUCAAAGCGACGAUUCCUGCUUCGUGAUGUGGCUAUCGAGGUCUUCUUCACAGACGGUCGCAGCUAUUUGCUCACAUGCAUGUCGUCGAAGUCGCGGGACGACCUCUAUAAUGCGAUCGUCUAUCGGGCUCCUCAUGUACACAGUGCAUCAGCCGUUGCCAGCGAGGAUGCAUGGCGGCUUGACACGCUUCGAACACCUGAAGACGUGCCGAAGAACUUCGGAUCCAAAUUUGGCAAUUUGUUCAACGCUGGACCGACACAUGCUGCGACAAAGAGAUGGCAACGUGGAGAAAUGUCGAACUUCCAGUAUUUGAUGCUUGUGAAUACGAUGGCCGGUCGCACCUUCAAUGAUUUGACGCAGUAUCCCAUCUUCCCGUGGGUUCUGGCCGAUUAUACGAGCGAGGAGCUCAAUUUGGACAAUCCGAAAACGUUCCGCAACUUCUCGAAGCCGAUGGGAUGCCAAACGCCGACGAGAGAGGCUGAGUACAAAGACCGCUUCAAGCAGUUUGCUGAGAUGGGCGACCACAAUGCUCCGCCCUUUCACUACGGCACACACUACUCCUCUGCCAUGAUCGUCAGCUCAUAUCUCAUCCGCUUGCAGCCGUUUGUGCAAUCAUACCUGCUGCUACAAGGAGGAUCCUUCGACCACGCAGAUCGUUUGUUCGAUUCCAUUGAGCGGGCAUGGCAAUCAGCGUCAAGAGAUAACAUGACCGAUGUCCGCGAGCUGACUCCCGAGUUCUUCUACCUCCCUGAGUUCCUCACCAACGUCAACGGAUACGAGUUUGGCAGCAAGCAAGUCAGCGGUGAAGCUGUCAACAAUGUCCAUCUUCCAAAAUGGGCAAAAGGCGAUCCGCAUAUAUUCAUCAAUAAGCAUCGCGAAGCUCUUGAAAGCGAAUAUGUCAGUCAGCAUCUGCACGAGUGGAUUGACCUCGUCUUUGGGUAUAAGCAGAGAGGAGAGGCCGCCGUCGAAGCCACGAAUGUUUUCCAGCACCUGUCAUACGGCGGCGCGAAAGAUCUUGACAAGAUCGAUGAUCAUGUCGAGCGUUUGGCGAGCAUUGGCAUCAUCCACUCCUUUGGCCAGACUCCGAAUCAAGUAUUCCUGAAGGGCCAUCCGUACCGAGAGGCAGAUAGGGAUGUUGAGCCGAAGCUGGAUGUCUUGGCCGAGACGCUGACGAGACUGCCCGACACGACGUACGACAUCCACGAGCGAGUGGCCGAUCUCAAUUUCAUCUCCUCCGGUGUGCAGUCCGCAGAUGAUAGACUCCUUGCGACAGGGCCGUGCAAACUCAAUUUGCUCCCCGAUUGUACUCGGUAUAUGCAGUGGGGAUUCCCAGACAACAGCAUACGCUUCUUCUCCAAGCGCACGAAUCGUCUCCUAGGGCUAUACGAGAACACACAUGUCGGCCCGAUCACAACCGCGACCUUUGUCGAUAGCAAGACGCUCAUCACUGGCGGAGAAGAUUGCACAAUCGGAGUCUGGAAGGUCGCAGCCUCGAGAGACAGCAUCGACCUCAUCCCAAGAACCCAUCUCUUCGGCCAUCGCACGCCCAUCACCGUCCUCGCUGCCAGUCGUGUUUUCAGCACGCUCCUCUCCGUCUCUGCUGAUGGUCAGGUCCUCCUAUGGGGUCUCAACCGGCAGGACUGCAUCCGCAUUCUCCUUCCCGCUGGCGGACCACCUGUCCAAGCUGCUCGAAUCAGCAACGUGAGCGGCCACAUUCUCCUCUGUCGCGGCUCCUACGCUCUCCUGUACACCCUCAAUGGCCACCUCCUCGUCUCACAACGUCUUUGCGAGCGCGAGGAUGAGGAGAUACUGUGCGCUGCCUUCUACGAAGGCGCUGGCAACGAAUACCUCGCUCGCGAGCUGAUCUUUACGGGUCACUCGCAUGGUAUCACCAACGUGUGGAACUUGACCAAUCUGAGCGAUGGAACCUGGUACCUGCAGCUGGUCAAGCGCAUGCAGUACGUGGAGAGCGAAAUGAGGGUGAUGAGGGUUCCGGCUGGGAUCACGAGUGUGUUGCCUGUUGCGAAGGCGGUGUACACGGGCGAUGAGGAGGGGAAUGUUUGGCAGUGGGAGUGUGUCGUGAGAGGCAGCAGUUUCAGUGGGAGAGGCCGUUGA